CACCAGGACAGCAGACAGACAUGAGCUGGCGCGCGCAGAUCUCUCGCUCCAUCCAAGAGCUGCGCUUCGUGGCCUGCGACACCUCACAGAGCAGCGCGGGCCUGCGCACGUUCUUCCGCAAGAACUAUGGCGAGCUCAAGAUGCUGAACCCGAACACGCCAUUCGUGUACCGCGAGGCGGAGGAGAUGGAACCGUUCGUGUACGCGCGGUUCGACUGGGGCAAGGAGAAGAAGGUGCCCGUGCCCGGCAAGAGCGACAAGGAGAUCCUGGCGGUGCUCAAGGGCCUCGUGGACCACGGCCUCUCGCUGCCCAAGUCGCCCGAGAGCGACGUGUUCGUGGCCGCUCCCAUCAUUGAGGCCGCCAAGGGCGAGAGCGCCUACCCGGCCAUCAACCUCACGUGGGACGGCAAGACGCUGCGCCGCAACCCGGACUUCGACAUCCCGCUGGAGGAGGCGAUCAAGCCGUAAUAAGGAGCAGGAGAUGCAAGACAGCGCCGCUGCUGGUAGCUCGCAAUAAUUGGAGUGGCAGGGGACGAAUGUGGAAAAUGAAAAC